AUGGACUCCAAUCCUGCCAAGAGACGAAAGACGGACCACUCGUCACCCGGCGAGUUCUAUGCGACCAUGAAUGCCGAGUCGGCUGCCGCAGCCUCGGCUGGCAUCUUCCGGCCCAGCACUUUCAUUCUCGAGACUGCAGAGCUGCUGGAACAGAGCCGGGUGGAUUAUGGCAAGCUGCUGCCCGACUCGGAAGAACUUCUGCGCAAGCUCAAGAGCGCCGUUGAGGCAGUAGAGACGCAUGGACCGGUUCUUAUCGGCAAGGCGUCUUCUAAAUUCGAAACGAAAAACUCGAUACGCAUACCGUACCCUAACCCGCGGCCGUCAGACGACUCGCUCGUUAAACUGUCGAUUGAGAAACCGACACACUGCAAUGUGGUGGGCAGCUUCGUCUUGAAGACCAUGGCCCGGUCGCAAAGAGAGUUUGCCGUCGACAUGAUUGUAGAGAUGCCACGUUCGCUUUUUCAGGAAAAGGACUAUCUCAACCUGCGGUACUUUUACAAGAGGGCGUAUUACCUAGCCAACAUUGCAAAGUCUGUGUCCAAGGCCCUGUCCGACGCCUUGAAUCUCUCUUUUGAGUAUCUCCACGACAACCAGCUGCUCCCGAUUCUCGUUGCGACACCCGUCCGGAAGACGACAGAAACGGAGAAAGGCAAGCCGUCAGGUCGCCGCCAUCACAACGAAUGCAAGAUCCGGAUCAUCCCGUGCGUCGCAGACGGCAUCUUUCCCAAGCAAAAGCUGUUCGCCAACAAGAAUUGUCUCCGCCUGGACGCGGCUGCCGAAGCAAAGGACCUCCCGGCAACGCCUUUCUACAACACCACGAUCAAGGCAGACGGUGCGUACAUUGCGUACCUGAAGCUUCUGCAUCAGACGCAGAAGUCGUGCCCUGCCUUUGUGGACGCCUGCCUGUUGGGUCGGGUGUGGCUACAGCAGCGUGGAUUUGGCGGCUCUGUCACGCGUGGCGGCUUUGGAGCCUUCGAAUGGGCUGCACUGGUUGCUCUGCUCAUGCAGACGGGGAACCGGAAGAAGGUUGCGGGGACGAUCCUGUCGACGUCGCUGAGCAGCACGCAGAUCUUCAAGGCCGUCGUGCAGUUCCUGUCCGUCACAGACCUUCGCAACAAACCCUGCAUCAUCGGAGGCAACACGCCGGACGUCGGGGUGGAUGCUCUUCGUGAAGGAACACCGGUUCUGUACGACGCCGGGCGCCAGCUCAACGUGGGCUAUAAGAUGAGCAUCUGGUCGGCAGGACUGCUGAAGCAAUAUGCCAAGCGCACCCACCAGCUGCUCACAGACGACUCAGCGGCUGACCAGUUUACCCUGUCCUUUAUUGCACGGGCCGACAUUGCUCUCGAGGCCUACGAUAUGGUCUUCCGGAUCCACAAGUCGAAGCAGGCGACGGCUGCAGAAGAGAACGCGAUUCACCGCCGCGGUUCGUUGUGGGAAUUUGGCGACAACGUCUUCCAGACGAUGAAGAAGGCGCUGGGCGACCGGGCGAAGCUUGUGCACGUCAAGCUGCCGCCACAGGUUGGGUGGGCGCUGAAUGAGGCCUGUUCGGAAACUGCUGCUGCUGCUGGUGCCGACUCGUCGCAGACGAGCAUCGUGGUGGGUGUCGUGUUCGACCCGGCCAACAUGGCCCGCCAGGUGGACCAUGGCCCAGACGCGGAGAACAAGAAGGAAGCCCGCAAGUUCCGCGAGUUCUGGGGCGAGCGAGCAGAGCUGCGGCGGUUCAAGGACGGCAGCAUCCAGGAGACGCUCGUAUGGACGUCGUGCGGGACGUCGGCGCUGUGUGAGGAGAUCACACGGUACAUCCUGGGCCUGCGGCUGGGUCUGGUGGCCAAGGACCACAUCGAGGUCGCUGGCGGCGGGUUCGCGGCGAUGGUGCCGCUGGUAGCCGAGACAGACGCUGCCACGUUCACGGCGGCACGCGACGCCUUUUCCACGCUCGAGCAGGACCUCCGCAGCCUGGAGGACCUGCCGCUGCACAUCCGACAGGUGUCGCCGAUUGCGGUGCAGCUGCGGUCAGCCAGCAUCCGGCUGCCAGCCGUGCAGACGGAACGGGCAGCCCUGCAGCCGAUGGAGGUGGUCCUGUACUUUGAGGCGUCGGGCAAGUGGCCAGACAGCCUGGUGGCGAUCCAGCGGGCCAAGAUGGCCUUUAUGCUGCGGAUCGGCUCGUCGCUCGAGGGCCUGCGGUCCGGCAUCGAAACCCGUCUCGGACUGGAGGACGCGCAGCACGAGACAGAGAACCAGGCGUUUCUGGACAUUGUGUAUGCGGACGAGGCGGCAUUCCGGCUGCGCGUGCACAGCGAUCUGGAGACGAGCCUGCUGGAGCGCCAGACCAAGGACAAGACGGCCGAACAGCACGUGCGGGCCUCGAGUGCCCAUCUGCUGGCGACGCAGCGACGACUGUUUGACGUGCUGCCGCUGCAGAACCAGACGAUCUCGACCUUCUGCACGCGCUUCCCAGCGCUGUCGCCGACAAUCCGGCUGGCCAAGCGAUGGUUCAGUGCACACAAGCUGUCGUGCCACGUCUCGGACGAGUUUGUCGAGCUGGUCGUGCUGCACGUCUUCUUGCAGGGCCAUCCGUGGGAGACACCUGGCAGCCCGACGGCAGGGCUGUUGCGCGUGCUGCAGUUCCUGGCACGCUGGGACUGGCGGACGGAGCCGCUGGUGGUCGACACGUCGGAGCUGACGGCACACCUAGACACAAACGAGACAACCGACAAGACCGGGGACGAUGCUGGCGCUGGUGGCAGCACGGAUCCACGCACACGUCUGGAGGCCUGGCGGAAGAUCGACCCAAACAUGCAGCACACCGUGCUCUUCGUGGCAGCCACGCACGAGAUGAGCGGCACGGCCUUUACGACAGCCGGUGGCGGCAGUCGUCCGCUACCCUGCAAAGUCGUGGCCGGUCGCAUGACCAGUCUGGCCCGGGCUGCCUGUCGGCUGGUCAAGGACAGGGACGUGGGCGUGGGCUCGGGCUCCAGCGAUGAUCUCGACGCGCGCCAGCUGUUCCAGCCGUCGCUGCACGACUAUGACGUGCUGAUCCACCUGUCGCCGCGCCUGGUCCGACGGCUGGUCCACGGCGAGGUCGAGGAGGCCGAUGUUGACGCGCCGGCAAAACGACGGUCGGCCGUGUUCAAGAAUCUCGACGGUCGUACCGGCCGCGACUUGCGCCCACUUCCGUGCCACCCCGUCCAGCUUCUCUUCGACCAGCUCAGCGAGGCGUACGGUGGCAACGGCACGGCGGCGCCGCUGGUCUUCUUUCACGGGUCGUGUGAGGAUGGCGAUCACGUGAUGGCCGCCAUGUGGAACCCCCAGGUGCAGCCGAGGGCUUUCCGAAUCAACCUGCCAUACUCGUUCAGGCCGGUCAACACCAAGACCAAGAAGAAGCGAGGCAGCGACGAUGCCGAGGCCGUUACCGACGAGCCCAGAGCCGAGGACCUGGUCGAGGUCAACCGUGACGCCAUCCUGGCCGAGGUUGCGCGGAUCGGCGGCGCCCUGAUCGAGCGGAUCGAGGUGGUGGGACAGCAGAAAUAA